AUAUGCUAUGGAUGGAGAGUUGUAUGAAAGUAGUGCAGAAGCUAGUCCUGUUCUUGAUGUGGGAUGUUUCAUGAGUGAGUUCAAUGAUAAGAUUUAUCAUCCUUGGACUUUGAAAUCGUUUAUCAAGGGGAAAUAUCUUUCUAAAAUGCCUAAUUUACAAAAUCAUUUACCUCAAGUUAGUUAUGAUGAUUUAUUAAUCAUGUUACAAUAUAAGAAAUGGCAAUCAGAAGAAGUUAUAAAUAGUUAUUUUGAUAAUCCUGAUCAAUUAUUGAAAGCUUGUGGAUUACCAUUCAAAUGGCAAGAAUCAAAUAAUACAUUUGAUCUCAUUAAUAAUUUCACUUGUCCUAUUUGUUGUGAAGAUUAUAUUGAACCAACCACGGUUUAUUCCUUAGCUUGUAAUCAUAAAUAUUGUCUUCAAUGUUAUAAUAGUUAUAUCAGCAAUUCUAUACUAUCUGGGAAAUUAAUCAAAUGUAUAGAACCAAGUUGUGCAUUAACUAUACCUCAUAGGGAUAUUGAUAGAAUUUUAAAAGUUGAGGAACCAAAUCAAUUAUUAAACUCAUAUGCUAAAUCAUUUAUAAAUCAAAGUACAGAUCAAUUCAAAUGGUGUCCAUCAACCGAUUGUGUUAGUUUUACUGAGAUGAUUAAAAAUUAUAAUGCAGAUGAUAUUGAUGAAGAUUAUGAAUCAAAUGAUAUUUCAAAUAUUCCCAUUGUGAGUUGUAUUGAACGUCAUGAAUUUUGUUUUAAUUGUAAUUUUGAAAAUCAUUUACCAUGUCCAUGUUUUGUGGUUAAAUUAUGGAUUAAGAAAUGUCAAGAUGAUUCUGAAACUGCUCAUUGGAUGGAUGCUAAUACUCAUAAUUGUCCUCGAUGUGAAACUAGUAUAGAAAAGAAUGGAGGAUGUAAUCAUAUGACAUGUCAAAAAUGUAGACAUCAAUUUUGUUGGAUUUGUUUAGGAGAUUGGAAUGCUCAUAAUGCUGGAUUUUAUACUUGUAAUAAAUUUAAAGAUGGUGAUACUAAUAGUAAAGAUUAUGAAGAUAAAAAAGCAAAAGAAAGUCGAAUUUCUUUAAAACGAUAUUUACAUUUUUAUAAACGAUUUGCUAUUCAUGAAAGUUCAAUGAGAGGAGAUUUACUUACUUUAAAAAAGGUUCAUGAAGUUACUAAGGUUUAUAUGGAAGAUCGUAAGAAUCAAGAAAAGAAUUUAUCAUGGAAUGAUGUUCAAUUUUUAAGUGAUGCCAUUAGAGCUUUAAUAAUUGGUAGAAAAGCAUUAAAAUGGACUUAUUGUUUUGCAUUUUAUUUAAAGAAUGGGAAUUUUACUGAAAUUUUUGAAUCAAAUCAAGAUUUCUUAAGUAAAACAGUUGAAGAUCUUUCUGAAAUAUUUGAAAAGAUUAUCUCUAAAAAGAAUCGUAAUAAAGUUGAAACCAUCAUGCAAGAAAAGAAUCGAAUUAUAAAUCUUAGUGAUUUAAUCAUAUCAAGAAAGAGAUCAUUGAUAGAGGGAGCUAUUGUCAAUGUUAAUGAAGAUUUAUUAAGGUUUAAUACUUAGUGUGUACAUAUAUAUAUAUAUAUAUAUUCUCUAUCAUCUGUAUAUAUCUAUCAUACGAGAAAAUAUAAGGUUUGGGCUAUUUUUGAUUUGUGGUAGUGUAGUUAUAUGUGUCAAUUGGUGGAGGGCGGCGGCACAUAAGAGCCAGUCGGAUCUUGGGCGCAUCAGCGACAUUCGACAUGAUCUGACCGGAUCUUUGUGCGACAUCUCUUAUCAGUUCAAUUAACAAAUUGAGAUUAUCUUUAACAAAUUAAAAUUUGUUAUCCGCAGGACUGAACCAAUUUUUGGUAAUAAUAAUAAUAAUAAUAAUA